AUGGCUCCACGCCGCAUCCUGGUCCCUGCUCGUCUUGACCCGGGACCGUCCAGGAAGGCACCGACAGCUCGGCCAGACCACCCCCGAGAGAUAGAACUUUCAGAUACAGGGUCAACUCCCGUCAUGGAUGAUGCACCAUUGGCUUCACUUUCUCGACGGCCGGCAAGAACAACCAUGAGCCAAGUGGAUAGUGGACGGCGGAGGCCAUUUCAAGAAAGGAGCCAGGAUCCUAUCUGUCACAUUCAGCAAUGGGAAGCUGGAACCACUGAAGCAACAUGGUGUAAGUACUUCCCUGCUACUUUGAAAGGGGUGGCCUCGAAAUUGUUUGAAAAGCUGCCAGCCGGUACCAUUAACACUUUAGCGAAGCUGGAAAUGCUGUUUUUGACAAGGUUCAUGGCCUAUAAAGAAGAAAAGAAGACGAGUAUGCAUCUAGGACGCAUCCUGCAGGGCAAGGAUGAGUCCCUUCGCAGCUAUGUGCGACGUUUCAACCUAGAAUCAGGGCAGAUACCAGAUCUGCCGGAUGGAGUAGCUUUUGAUAAUUUCUUUCGAGGUCUCAAGAAGGGUUAUUUCAAGUUUAAUUUGGUCAAAAAGAGUGUAAGGACCAUGGCUGAUGCGCUAGACGAGGUUGAGCUCUUCAUCCAUGCAACAGAAUUCUGUUCUGCCCCAAAGGAGUUAAAGGGAACGGAAACGUCCAAUAACCAUCACCGCAAAGACAAAUCUGACAAAAAGAGUGCUCGUCCAAAUGAGACAUGGGCCAUUGAAAGCAAAGGGUAUCGUCCGAACUCGUCACCAGGGCAGAAGAGGGGACGACCCUAUGAGAAGGAGAAAUUUGAGUAUAAUAACACUGACCUUUAUACAAUACUGUUGGACAUAAGUAACAAACAUGACAUUGAUCGUCCAUUUCCUAUGAAGUCGCCAGUUGAGACCCGUGACAGUACCCUCUAUUGCAAAUUUCACUGUGAUGUGGGUCAUGACACAAAGGAUUGCAAGAGCUUGCGUAGAGCACUCGAUGGGCUAGCUUCCAAAGGUUUUCUGAAAUCCUACCUCUGUAUAAAUGACGGAGGAUCUGGAAAGAAAUUCUACAAGAAGAAAUGUGUGGCAGUUAUUUUUGGUGGUCUAGCCGCUGGUGGUCCGACCAGGAGAGGGCAGAAGGAUUAUGCAAGCCGGCUAGGGCAAGUAAUGUUAUCUGGAAAGGCACCCAUGGACCAUUUUCUAAAAGUAGAGAUUUGCGAGGCUGACAGGGGAAAGAUUGCAACCCCACAUGACGAUCCCUUGGUGAUAGAAUUGAAAGUGGAAAACCUAAAAGUAAGCCGCAUACUAGUGGACACUGGAAGUUCGUCCGACAUUAUUAGUUUAGCAUAUCUAAACCGUUUUGAGCAUGAUCCUAAGACGAUUGAAAAAAUCCUUUAUCCUAUAUUGGGUUUGGAGGCAGCAUAA